CUUUUCACUCUCUACUCGACGUGGGUGGCAAACUUGUGGCAAUUGGUGGUUUCUUGUUGGAGGGGGAUGGAAUCCGUCUGUGUGUGAUAGCUUUCGGUGAUUUGUGGUGGUUUGCUGUACCUUCCGCGCGGUUGGUUGAAAUCAGCACUUUUCAGUGGUUCCCGGCGCCGGUGGCUGCUCAAAGAAGAGAAUGGCGUAGAAAGGUCAAAUGGAGGACUAGUAGGUUAUGGUCGUUGACGAAGAACACAAUAAGACGUGUCAAUCAGCCUUGCUUUGUUUGAGUUGGUUGGCUGUUUUUAGCAAAUUGCCCUUGUUGUGGUUGUUCUUGGUGUUUUUAGCUAGCACUUCAGCAAUUAAUUGAAGAAAAAAUGGAAGAGGGUACGAUCAACAUGCUUCAUAGAAGAAGACCAAAGGCAAAUGGGACAAUUAUAGUUCCACGAAUGAGUCAUCCUCAAAGGGCUCCUUCUGGACAAGAUGUCGAUCAACAAGCAUUCGCUGCGGUUCGAUCAUUUCCUACAACAGCAUAUUCCUCCAACUUGGCUCAGGGUCAGGGAUUAUAUGUAUCAAACUUGGAAUCUAAUAGGUUUACACAUCAGAGACAGGUUUCUGAUGCUGGAGAUGCUAGUCUUCAGGCUCUAUGGCUACUUUUCCUUAAACUUCAGCCCUCUUUAUGCUCUCUUCUAGGGAAUUUGGCUGACUGGCAUGGGCCACAAGAAGAAUUGGUUCGGACAGAUAUAGUAGAGGAGCCAAGCCCUACUGAGCAUUCUGCAAAUGAAACUCAAAUUCAGCGCCAGAGUAAUGAGAGGGAAAGAAGAUUUCGAUACCUUGACUUGUGUGUUCCCCUCUAUCAAGCUGCCUUAAAAGGUGAUUGGCUGGCUGCUGAGGCUUUACUUCAAAAAUAUCCAGACAUCGUUCGAGAUCCCAUAACGGAAGUGCAUAUGACAGCUCUUCACAUUGCUGCGGCAGCAAAACGCACGAAUUUUGUAAAAGAACUGGUGAAAUGUAUGUCUGCGGAUGACUUAGCAUUGCAAAACAAAGAUGGAAACACAGCACUUUGCUUUGCUGCUGCAUCAGGAAUCGUGACAACUGCUGAGGAGAUGGUGAAUAUGAACAAUAGACUGCCAUGCAUACGUGAUAGCCAAGGACUGACACCACUUCUAAUUGCAGCUUCACUAGGACGUAGAAACAUGGUGUCGUAUCUAUUAUCUGUGACUCCUUUUGAUCAGUUGACUGCAAUUGAACGCAUUCAGCUCCUUCUUGCUACUAUUUCCACUGAUAUGUAUGAUUUAGCCUUGAAAAUUUUGAAAAUGGAUCGAACAUUAGCAACUGCCCAGGAUGGAAAUCGGAAGACAGCGUUGCAUGAGUUGGCCAAAAAACCUUUUGCAAUUGGCAGCAAGAGUGAGCUAUCAAUAUGGGAAACAUGCUUGAAUUCCUGUUUCAAGGGGUUUUACAACAAAGCUUUCAUGCAAACAUUCGCUCAUCAAUUAGUUGAAGACCUUUGGAAAGAGGUUCGAAUAGUACCAGACAGAGACUUCUCAAACCUGGUUGACAAUCACGCUUCUUUUCUUUUUGAUGCUGCAGAAGUAGGAAAUGCUGAAUUUCUAAUGAUACUCGUACGCUCUUACCCUGACCUUAUGUGGAAAGUAGACAAAAAAAAUCGAAGUUUAUUUCACAUUGCUGUUUUAAAUCGGCAAGAGAGUGUAUACAAUCUAAUAUAUGAGAUAGGGACCAUCAAGGAUAUCAUUGCAGCCUAUGUUGAUGAAAACAAUGACAAUGUGCUGCACUUAGCUGGAAAAUUACCUCCUCCAGAUCGACUAAAUAUCUUAUCAGGAGCAGCCCUGCAAAUGCAACGGGAGUUGUUGUGGUUUAAGGAGAUAGAAAAGAUUGUGCCACCUCCAUACGUGAAUAUGAGAAAUCUGAAAGAUGAAACACCUUGGGAUAUAUUCACAAAGCAACAUAAAGAAUUGCGAAAAGAUGGUGAAAAGUGGAUGAAGGACACAGCGAACUAUUGCAUGCUUGUGGCGACACUAAUUGCCACAGUGGUUUUCGCUGCAGCAUUCACUGUACCAGGUGGCAACAAUCAAGAAAAAGGCACUCCGAUUUUUUUCAAAAAAGACUGGUUUAUGGUAUUUUUCGUGUCUGAUGCAAUAGCACUGUUAUCCUCCUCAACUUCGAUAUUAAUGUUCUUGUCAAUUCUCACGUCACGUUACACAGAGAAUGAUUUCCUUAAGUCAUUACCUGCAAGGUUGGUGUUUGGACUCACCACACUCUUCACUUCUAUAGUAGGCAUGGUGGUAGCCUUCAGUGCAACUUGUUUUUUGGUAUAUAAUGGCAAAAUGUCAAAGGCUCCAAUUGUUAUACUUGCUUCGACUGUUGUCCCAAUAACUACGUUUGUUCUGCUACAUUAUCAACUUUGGGCUGAUAUAAUCCUUUCAACAUAUUGGUCUAUGUUUCUUUUUCGGCCACCAAAACAUAGGCUUUUCUAGUUAGUAGAAGAUUGAUGCCAACUGAGCAAAGAUGAUUAGCAUAAAUUUGGAAGUGCAAGUCAGAGAAAACGGGCAGAAAAUUAUCAGAGGUAAUCAGGGGAUUUUGAAAAGGAAGGCCAAGGAAGGAAUCGAGCUCGUCAAAAUCUUAAAUUGAUGUUUGUCUACUUAUUAUUCUAUGUGGCUUCAAUGUUGCUUGUUGUUAAAAGGUUUGUUUGUCUACUUAUUACUCUAUGUUGCUUCAAUGUUGCUUGUUGCUAAAAGAAUGUUAAAGUCAACAAGUUGAAGACUCUGUUGGUGAUGAGUUUGAAAUGAUCGAUUUGGUCGAUGCAAAGAAAAUUUUGGAAAUGGAGGUUCAAGUAGAUAGGAAUGCAGAAAAAUUGUAUUUUUCA